AUGCCUGGAGCAGAACGAGAGUGGAAACGGGUGAGACUCUCGCUGUGGAGCCUAAGAUCGGUGACACAUCGUGAUGGACUUGAGGGCGUACGACGCACGGAGAGAGUGGUAUCUGGUCAUUAUGAGCUAUUAGGCGCUGCAUCAUAUCGGCUGUAUAUGAAGAACUUCUUCAGCACGGAAAGAAAAGCCGAACGAGAAGAUGAACGCACCUAUGAGCUGAACGAGAAUAUCUACGUCGACAUCUUCAAAAGCGACUGGCAGUUCAAUCCUCGAAGAUAUCUCCUCCAUACACCCAUCGCCGUAGAUGCUGCUCUCCUGUCAGAGCGAGUGUGGACAAGACGACUGGCAAUGUCGCAAGGCGAAACCAAGGCGAAACUUGGUGACUCUGCGAAAUGUCUCUUGGGUCGCCGCUCAAACCUAGAUCGCGCGUAUCCACGAGAUAUCACCAGCUAUUGCCGUCGACAAUAUCAAGUCCUCCCUCACGCCCCUUCUCCUCUUGUCAUCGUCAUGGCCCCGAAAUUAGAUCCUAACGAAAUCAAAAUCAUCUACCUGCGGGCGACGGGAGGUGAAGUUGGAGCUUCGUCUGCUCUUGCCCCGAAGAUUGGUCCUCUCGGUCUCUCUCCGAAGAAGGUCGGUGAAGAUAUCGCAAAGGCGACUGGCGCAUGGAAGGGCCUCCGGGUGACUGUGCAGCUUACCAUUCAAAAUCGUCAAGCUAAGGUUGACGUCGUCCCAUCCGCCUCUUCUCUUGUCAUCAAGGCUCUCAAGGAGCCCCCACGGGACCGGAAAAAGGAGAAGAACAUCAAACACUCUGGUAACAUCACUCUCGACGAAGUUGUCGAAAUUGCGCGGACGAUGAGGUCGAAAUCCUUGGCGAAGACCCUUGCGAAUGGCGCGAAGGAGAUUUUGGGUACCGCACAGUCAGUUGGCUGUACCGUCGAUGGCCGGCCGCCACACGACAUCAUUGAGGGGAUAGAUUCAGGAGAGAUCGAAAUUCCUGAUGAGUAG